AUGUCUCGUGGCAGCACCACGCUUUACGUGACCGGCUUCAGCCACGGCACCCGCGCUCGCGAUCUCGCCUACGAGUUCGAACGCUACGGCCGUCUCGUUCGCUGCGACAUCCCGGCCCCUCGCUCGUCGUCCAGCCGACUCUUCGCCUUUGUCGAGUAUGAAGAUAAGCGAGAUGCUGAUGAUGCCUAUUAUGAGAUGCAUAACAAGCGUCUCGGUCGCGAGGAUAUCCUGAAGAUCGAGUGGGCCAGAACCCCUCCUUCUGCCUCAUGGCGUUUCGAGUCAGGCCGCGACCGCGAUCGCCGCGGCGGCGCCCCUCGCUCGCCGCGACGUGGCCGUUCCCCAUCUCCCCGUCGCAGCACACGCGACUACUCUCCUCGCAAGGAUGAUCGCCGUGACCGCGAUCGCGACCACGACCGUGACAGCCGUCGUGACCGCGAUCGCUCUCGCAGCCCCGAGAACCGUGACCGCGACCGCGACCGCGACCGCGAUGCCAAGGACGAACGUGAUGACCGGGAACGCGACGACCGGGGCCGUGAUGACCGCGACCGUGAUGACCGCGACCGUGAUGACCGCGACCGUGAUGACCGGGGCCGUGAUGACCGGGGCCGUGAUGACAGGGACCGCGACGACAAGGACCGCGACGACAAAGACCGCGACGACAAGGACCGCGACGACAAGGACCACGACGACAAGGACCGCCGCGAAAACGGCACCAAUGGUGACGAUCGCAAGGGCGACGAUACCACUCCUCCUGCCGCUACCGAGGAGCUUGACGUUAUCGAGUGA